AUGAAGCAUUUGCAGUUUGUGCUCGUCCUGGCCGUGGCUGUAAACGUUUGGGAAUGUGGGGACGCAAAGUUCGGCGAGAAGGGAGAAAUAAGCCCCAGGCGGAGAAGAUGUUAUGACGGGAGUUUGCCAAAGCGGCUGAAGAAAAGGGAGCGGAAAGUGCUGCUUGACGGCGGCAGCAGCAGCGGAGAACUUUGCCACAUGUUGUAUUCCCGUGUGUCCUGUUGUCCCACCAGGAGAGCCGCCUAUCAGAUUUUGCACCGUAUGGAUGCCAGGAUUUUCUCCACCAAUAAUACAGAAUGUGCCCAUCUCUUGGAUGAGAUCAAGUGUGCUCGCUGCUCCCCGAACGCCCAGGUGUUGUUCCACUCCCUGGACAUAGAUAGACAGCCACACAGGGAGCCGGACCUGCCACGUCUCUGUCUGGAUUUCUGUCGCAAGUUCUAUUACACAUGCAGGGGCCACAUACCAGAACUGUUCCAAGCCGAUGUGGACGAAUUUUGCCAGUACUAUGGGAGGAGAGGUGCCGGCUUAUGCUUUCCAGAUUUUCAACGAAGGCAACUUCUCGGGCAAGAUUCAAACUACUUGGAAGAUGAAAAAAUAGACGAAAUAAACAGGAGACACAAACACAACUGCUACUGUGCUCAGGAGGUGUUGAGUGGUCUGAAGCAGCCAGUAGCCGUGGUGCACUGUGGCGAUGGCUCUCAACGGCUCUUUGUCCUGGAGAGGGAGGGAAUUGUCAGGAUACUCACCCAUAACCUCGAGCUAAUCAAGGAACCUUUCUUAGACAUCCACAAGCUGGUGCAGAGCGGCCUGAAGGGUGGAGAUGAAAGGGGCCUACUAAGCCUGGCAUUCCACCCCAAUUACAAAAAGAAUGGCAAGCUCUACAUCUCCUAUACCACCAACCAAGAGCGCUGGGCCAUCGGACCCCACGACCACAUUCUCCGUGUGGUUGAAUACACCGUUUCAAGGAAAAACCCUAACCAGGUGGACAUAAGGACGGUCCGUGUGCUAAUGGAAGUAGCAGAGCUGCACAGAAAACACCUCGGUGGCCAACUUUUGUUCAGCCCCAAUGGGCUGUUGCACAUCAUUCUGGGAGACGGCAUGAUUACACUGGAUGAUAUGGAGGAAAUGGACGGACUCAGUGACUUCACAGGCUCUGUGUUGAGGGUGGACGUGGACACAGAUUCUUGCUCGUCAGCCUACUCCAUACCCAGGAACAAUCCUUACUUUAACAGUACAAACCAGCCGCCAGAAAUCUUUGCACAUGGAUUACACGACCCAGGCAGGUGUGCAGUGGAUCGACUUCCGUCAGACAAUGGAAGUCUUGUUAUACUCUGCACAGACGCCAGUGGCAAAAACACAUCGGCGGGCAGAAUAUUGGAAAUCACUAAGGGGAAAGAUUACGAACAUGAACCCUCUGUCUAUGACCUGCAGUCCAACGGAUGGGCACCACCUGUGGGGGGCUUUAUCUACAGGGGCUGCCAGUCUAGAAGACUCUAUGGAAGUUAUGUGUUUGGUGAUAAAAAUGGUAACUUGCAGAUUCUUCAGAAGUCUUCAUUUUCAACUUCAGCAAGUGGUGAAGAGUGGCAGGAAAAGGCUAUGUGUCUUGGCUCGGCUGGCUCCUGCGGCUCCACUCUCGUUGGACAGAUAUUGGGUUUUGGAGAGGAUGAACAAGGUGAAGUCUACAUACUAGCAAGCAGUAAAAACAUGGCUCAGUCACACAGUGGGAAGCUCUUCAAGCUAGUAGAUCCUAAAAGGCCUCUCUCCCCCAAAGAGUGCCAGCGUCAGGUGGAGCCACCAGAGCUCCUGAUGACAGCUUGUUCCAGAUACUGCAAGAACGGACACUGCACUCCAACUGGCAAGUGCUGCUGUAGCCCCGGCUGGGAAGGACCCUUCUGCAGAAUUGCCAAAUGUGAGCCAGCCUGCCGCAACGGAGGAGUUUGUAUGGAACCCAACAAGUGUCUGUGCAAAAGUGGCUACUCGGGCCUUCAGUGCGAGAAGAGUGAGCGGGGUUUGCCCAACGACCAGGAGAAAGAUGGAAUCCUGGACCACAUCAUCGACAUGACCUCAUAUCUCCUAGAUCUGAGCAGCUACAUCGUAUAGGGCUGUGCAGAGGAGGGGACUGGUCGCUCUGACACAAAUCUACCUACAACCAUCAGCAAACUCUAUAUGUGGCAUCGUUAACGGGGCCUUUUAAUCCCCCUCAAGCCCACACCGAAACGCAUACACACCAACAUCCAAAUACAGGAUCGCUGCCCGGCUGCAUUGGACCCACAUAACUAUACCAAACUUUUCUUCCUCUCACAUAUAAGCUAUUUGCUUUUGAACACCAGCCCGUGUUGACAUGUAUGAGGCCUUCAGACAGCAGCAAGUCCAUUGACAAGUUUGACAAAGCUCAAGUAAAUAAUUAGCUCACCUGCCAGUGGUGGGGUUUUUGUAGGAAUAGGAACUACUCACAAGUGGACCGUUUUAACCCAAGACUGGAUCUGUCCAAAGGGUUGUGGUGUUCCCUGUUGUAACACACCCUGAAUAUGGAGUUUGAGGCAAAUGUGUGGAAGCCGUUGGUUGUUCUGGAGCUGUUGAAGCGUUCAAAACUGAAAGGGGAGGCAUGGCUCUGGAGGGUCCAUUUAAAAAAAGAAAGAUCUGCCAACACAGACUGAAAAAACACAAGUGAUUGGUUAUGUAGAGCUUGCAGUGCUUUGUGUUGUACAAUUCUAAAGAUGGAUUAUGCCUCUCCAUGUGUUCCCAUGUGUUUAGUUCAGGGACAUGACUCUGACAUGGUGUGAGUUUGUGAGUGGGGUCAUCUAAGCAGCAUUGAUAAAAAAAAAAACAGUUUCUACAACUUGAAUGGAGGUUUUUUUUCACUUUCAUGCACUGUAUUCCUUAUCUUAUUUUGUGUCUUGUUUGUUUCAUUCACUUUAUUAUUCUAAAUUAAUUUAAGCGGAUCACAAACGAAAUUCAAAUAGUGUCACUCUCACACAUAUCGUCUGUAUUUUCACGAGCGUGGUUCAACAAACACACUGAAACAGAAGCUGAAACUCAACUACAAAGGGAAGAGGAACUGAUGUAUAUUUCCAAUAGAGCUUACCUAAGUACUACUUAGCAUUGCAAAAAAAAAGGAAAAAAAAAAACAAAGUAUAGCAUUAUUGUUAUCAUAGAGGAGGGUUUAUUUUUCUAAACGUAAUAAUAUAUGGGAGAAUGUGGUGUUUUAUAGAAGGCAGUUUCUCACUAAGCUUGUCAGGUCAUGUCAUUUUUUAUAUUGUACCUAUUCAUAUUGCAGCUUUUUAUGAAGUACAUGUAAGACUUUCUUCUUUCUUGUUUGCAUAGAGUAAUUCAGAGCAGUUGCUAGAGUCCAUCUAACUCUUCCCCCAACAUGUGGUUUGAUGGCCGCUGUCAAAACCAGUCUUUGUUGUGAGCUUGAUCAAAGAUCCGGUUGAUCCUCGAAGUCACUGUGGAAGCAGCUUUCAGCCCAGAUCUUAUCAGUGAAGACCAGAUUUCACAUUAACCGGACUUCAAAAACAGAACAAACAAAAAAAAUACUCUAAUGGGCAUUUGACUUUUUUUAGAUUAAAUACCAGCUGAAAUGUCAGGAGCAGCACUGGUGUGCCAAACUGAGUUUCAUACUAACCAUAUCCUUACACAUGCACAACCACCUUCUAACACUUUAUUUUUUAGUUUUAAUCCCUUCAAAGGACCAUCGAUCAAGUUUAAGAGUUGUAAGCGCAUUUGUCCCAAUCUGCUUCAGUUUCAAACAAAAUUGAUGGAUUGAAUGACGUUCAUCUCCCGCUGUGCUUGUGUUCGCUAAAAUAAAUCCACUCUACCUUCUUUCUAAUAUAUCAAAGAUGGAAUUCAUGCUGUAAAAUGAAAAUCUGAAUUGUUUUAGCACUUAAUGUGAAAGUUCCAUUGUAGCUGCUGAGAUGGUGUGGUGUGAAUAGAAUAACCAUUUUCAUUAUUUAAGUAGUUACACAAAUAAAAUAAUUAUUUAAGUUGUCUCUGUUGUUUUUACCAUUGUGCUGUAUGUGGCUUUUUUAUUCCUGUAUUGUAAAUAAAACUAAGGAUAACUUUGUUUUUCUUCAAAAAUACCCAUAUGUCUAUUAAAAUUUAUAGCAUGUCUAAA